UACAACCAACGAAGAUUGCGAAGAUUUUAGUUUGCAGUUUGGCAUUCGCCAAUCAUCGCCACGUUCGUGGAUCGUACUUCUUUCAUAUUCUUCGGUUGGAUAUCUUCGCGGCCGACAAUAUUUUUUUUAUAUACGUACGAUUGAUUUGUAAAUUAGUGUGCUAGGUGUAACCUGAGGACCAGCGAUGUUGAUUUUAUGUAAAUUGCAUGUUGCACAGCAGACUAUAUGAAUAGAGUGGUUGAGAAAUAUUCCGUUGAAAUCCUUGAAGAAAUUGCAACUCGAAGCCACGUGAUGAUUGUGUUAUAAAACUACACAUCUAUUCCUUUCUCGCUGUGAUUCACUUAUCCACAAAUACAUAAUAUCAACAUGGAUAUGGAGGACGAUAUAAGCUCAAUCGCAGAACAAAAUACAAAACCACCUAGACCUAAUAGAAUACCUCAUAAAACAAGUAUUAGAAAAUUUCUCAGAAAUGUUUGGCGCAAAAUCGAAGCCGAGAUUGAUGGAAAAGAAUACAAGAAUACGGAUGACUAUGGGGAUCACUAUUUCUACUCGGAGUACGAAGAGGAACAGACCCCGAGAUAUAGACCCGACUCGUUGGCGAGUCUUUGUCGAGCUACGAGAUUCACCGAGGCAGAGCUGAAGAGAAUAUAUCGUGGCUUCAAGGCAGAAUGUCCCACGGGAGUCGUCAGAGAGGAAACUUUCAAGUGCAUCUACUCACAGUUCUUUCCGCAAGGAGCUAAUACUAGCCAGUAUGCACAUUACGUUUUCAACACCUUGGACCAGGACCAUAGCGGUAUUCUCAGUUUUGAGGACUUCGUUACUGGUCUCAGCAUACUGUCUCGUGGUUCCAUCGACGAGAAGCUGCGCUGGACGUUUUCCCUUUACGACAUCAAUGGCGACGGUUGCAUCACAAGGGAGGAAAUGACGGACAUCGUGACAGCUGUAUACGAGCUGAUGGGAAAAUUUUCUGACCCGAAUAUGGACCAUGACGGUGUACGAGAGAAAGUAGAUCGAAUGUUUCAGAAGAUGGAUGGGAACAAAGAUGGAGUGGUGACGCUAUCGGAAUUCUUAGAAGCGUGUCGCGCCGAUCCCGAUAUUUCAACGAGUAUGGCUGCUUUGGACACGGCCUUCUGACACUCGGCGCGACCACGAUACAUGCCAUGGACCUAAAGAGUUUCUGUUGAUUUAGGAAUAUAUCGCUCAACGUUGUACCUUAUCUCCUGGACCAGGGGAAUUUCCUCAAGGUUAUUACGAAGAUUUCGACCGAGAGAUAGACUCGCCGAAUCUCGAAUUUCCGACGUCGAAGCGGCUCGAAGGAAAACGAUGUACGAACGAAUGAUGUAUGAUCCGGUUGGAACAAAAGCGCCUAUCAUUAACUGAAAUUCGUAGCGUUUAUCAGGUGAAAUUCAAAGACGGUGUUUGAAUGUAUCGAAUUCUUUUCUACGUAGAUUUAUUCAAUAACGUAUACAGACUGGGGCAAAAUUCACGUUGAUACAAACAAGAUCAGAGGAUCAAACAAAAUCGGCAAUAACAAAAUUACGUUAGAGGCUUCGUUUUCGGAGAAAAUACAUUUGAAAAUCAAUCUAGUACGCGUACAAUCGAUUGAUGACUGGCGUUAUACGAUAGAUCUCGCUGCAGAUAGCUACCUACUGUCACUGUUCUUGUACACGAUAUAAUGUCAACCGUCAGUUCCUACCGGGCAAGGGACAUGGCGAUGAUCGUAUAUAAUUUUCGCAUUGGAAGCUUAUGGUGGAAGCAUCUGCUGCACCCUGUAUACCAUGCGAUGUGUCGCGUCACGUAUUUUCAAUUAGCGUUACGAUUUGGUCAUUGUCGAGCAUAUAAUACCGUAGAUCUGGCGGAACGUCGAUCAGAUUUUCCACUUUUGAACCGAUCUAGCCAUUUCGAAACAAUGUUCUCAGCUACAGCAGCGUCUCUAUAAAUUAUACAUAUCUUUUUUACUGUUUGUACGACGUUUCUUCCCAUCUAUAUUAGCAGAGCGUCGAAUGACGAAAAUGCAGCUUACUUUCGUUCGUCUUUACUUUUAACGUAAACACGGUCAAAUUGCAGAGAAAGUCGCGUUAACCAGUUGACAGCGGAAUUUAGUUUUAAAAGUUUCAUACAGGCAAUGGCGAGUAUACACGUCGAACGCAAGGCGAAAGCUUAUAAAAAUUUUAUGGAAAAAGUAGAACGAUAAAAAGAUUCACAAUUCAUCGUUGAAAAGGGUAUUAUUAUUAAAAAUGUUAAAAUUGCCAAAAAACAAAAUAAUUCGGGGAAUAGCCGAUACACGCAGUGAAGUACAGAGAUGGAGAUACAUUGGAGAAAAUAAUCAACUGAAUUUAUAAAGAGCAAUACAUUAUACGAAGUAUAACACGGAGAAUAAUCAAAUAAUCAAACUGUUUUUUUUUUUUUUUUAUAAAAUACACAACAGUUCUACUAAAGGUAUAAAGGAAACGUACCGCUAAAUGUCAUUUAUGUUACUUUUUAUCAAGAUUUUGAAUUUUUACAGUAAAUGGUAAUUUUUUUGUUUACAUGACGAGUAUACGCGUCAACCGCAGAGAAAUAAAGUUUUGGAUUGACGUGUAUACAGGUUGAACGCAGUUAGCUGGUUAAAAUGUCAGAAUGCGGCGAAACGUUAGAGAACGUGUAACACGUGCUUCAUUUUGAAAUGGUGACAUUUCACGCGUUCAUCACGUCGCUGUGGAAAAACGCUACGAACUUUUGUUCCAACCUACACACUUUUUUUCUGUAACAUGGUCGCGUUAAACAACCCUUUCAAACCGAAGAUCACGAAAUGGUCCUAAGAAUAGAAGAGAUUGUACUUUCGAUAUUCGUAGUUCUAGUUGUCCAGUGUGCGUUUCGCUAGGUAAGGAAGGAUUAGAUGAGAGAUGAAUAAGAAAAGCGUUAAACGAAAAAAAAGAAAAAAACAAAAAACAGAUAAUAUACCAUAUGAUCGUUAGUAGUUAUGAUCGGAACUUGUUGCGAACUGUGCCCGACAGUUCACUUUUUAAAGAACGCGCGCUACAAACGAUGAACAAAUAUGCAAAUUUCGAGAAAGCAAAAAUAAUAAAAUGAGGAAAGAAGCAACUGUGCCAUUGAGACUUGACGUAAAUUGUACGUGGCAUUCGGCAUUAUUCGUGCCAAAAAAUACAUAUAUUAUAGUUCUAUAGGAAAGGUAUAAAAAAAAAAAAGGAAGAAACACAGACAUUUGUGUGGAAAUAAUUGAGCUUAACUUACAUUUGUUUUACCUUUAUUCUUUAUUCUUUACUUAAACAACAAAUGUAUUUCGACGAAGAAGAAAUGGAAGAAGGAGAGACAUCUUCACUUUAGCUGAUAUUUUAUAUUGAAAAACACGCAUGCACGGUAACAUAUGGAUUCUUAACGACUUACGAUAACGACGUAGUCUAGUUUUCUACGACGACCAUAUUUUUUUACGAGGCUAUUGCUCGUUACGUCGAGGCAUAGCUUUUACAUUUACAUUUUACGUAUUAGACUAUCCGUUCUCGUAGAGAUUCACGCUGUUUUUAAAUGCAAACGAGGCGUUUCUUUUUAUUCGCGUGUCAUCAUUGCCGAGAAUAUCACAAAAACUGUCCCUCGUUUCGUUUCAUUUUUGAUACCACCAUUGUUUCUUGUGAGAGCGAGCAUUCCUAAUUCCCCAGAGCCGCGAGAAAUCUCAAACUUAAUUCGUAUUAGAUAUAAAACGAUCGUAGAUUUUAUUCGUCGAUUUCGACGAGAUUGCGAAUUACCGGUAGAUAUUUUUAGUUUGCAAGACGAGACAAUGUAGCGAGCGGAGAUAGGUCACGUAUUCGUCGCAAGGUGUUCUUCCCAGCGUGGCAAAUAAAAACGGGUAGCAGUAAACGUUGAGUACGAUUUUUAACGAUAAUAAGACACACGAAUCGGCACGUUGAACCUGUUCGGUACGAGCGUCGAUAAAGUCAGUCGCGAUAAUAAUUGCUACGCCUGUACGCUGUCAUCAGGUGAUACACGGCGGACGAGCGCCGUAUCGAAAAGGUUGAUCGAAACGCGCGACAGAAUUUAGUAAAGGAAAACCGGUCGGCGAGAAUACACGAAGAGAACAAAGAGAAAAAAAGUGAAAUAAUUAGCAUGAGACACGUAGAAAGUAUAAGAAAAAAGAGAUAUCGUAAAAAGCCGCUAAAACAGCUGGCCAUGUUAAGCGGGACUCGUUGUUUCUAGUACGUAAGCAAGUAGAUUAAGCGAUAUAAUAAAAGUAUUUAUUUUUGUGACAGGUAAAUGAAUUAUUAAUCGUGGUAAGAAUUUAGCUCGUAAAGACUGCGUGCUGCUAAAGAGAGAGAACGAAACAGAAAGAUGAAUGGUCAGGGAAGAGAACAAGAUCGAGAAAGAAACAGAGAAAAAGAUGGUGAAUAAGAGAAAGACAGAGAUAAAAGAAAGAAACGCGGGAACAGUCUAUUGAUUUCCCAUUCAAAAGAUCUUCGAUCAGCAACCUACGAUACCGAAUUUUAUUGUAAUUACUAAAGUUUUGCGAUGACUAGACCAAAGCGUCCGCAAAGGGCAAUGACGAUUGCCGAGCGAAAUAUAUUUAAUCAUUUUCCAUCACUGCCUACUUCUGAUUAACUUGUAAAUAAGGUCGGUAAACUUGAACGAACGGAAUAAAACUCGCGAUGCAUCGAAAACUUCGGAUCUACUAUAAAGUUCAACGCGUCUUGAGAAAAAAGGAACAAGACAUAAGCGAAAAAGCAACGGAACAGUCCGAAGAACCGCUAGUCAAACUUUCUUUUCUAUCGUACAUUUGUGAUAAAAUGUUACGCGAAUCGUGAAACAACCAUAUGCUUCGUUUGACAUCGAAUUCGCGUUAUAAUUCUCUGUUACUUAAUUUUCCUAACAGCGAUACGAAAACAAAAAAUUGCACGAUGCAUCGAUAAGAAACGUGGCUAUAAGCAAGAGGAAAGGAAAAUCGUGAACGAAUACUUUAUGGAAACGGGAAUUUAAUGGAAAGGACAUGGAAAUAGAUCUAGCGCAGAUCUAGUGCAGAUUUUUAGCAGCGCCUACACUUAGACGAUAAGACUUACGUAUAAAAAUUGAGGCAAGCAUUUCAAGGCGUUGCCUCGUAUCAACUCGAUCACUACCGCAUGUCUUUGAAGUUACUGAAGUAAGUAUAGAAAAGACAAAUGGAACGGCGUAAUUAUGUUAUCUAGAUAUUUUCAACCUCAACCAAACGUAGAAAUUAGAUGUCAGAGAUGAAGCGUGAAAUGUCUCACGCCCACGCCACGUUGAUUGAGAAUACGAUAGGUCUAAUAGGUUGUUAAGUUUCCUAUUUCCCACUGAUUCGAGUAUCGAAGUAACUAUUAUUAUUUUUUUAAGACGAAAUUCAGCUAGUCGUACAAAUCCAGGAAGAAAAAAUUCUGUAAAGUGGCACACCAAUUGAAAGCGUAAUGAUGCUAUUUCAAAAACACACUAUCCUUUCGAAAGCACAAUUUCAUUGUAUCAUAUUAACUCUAUCCUAUACUUAGUCAACUCGCGUGCAUGUUUUCGUACACGUAUACAUAUUAAAUACGCAAUUAAAAACACGAUCGUAUUCACAUACAUACAAAGCGCGUACACGCGCGAACCAUACAUCAUCACUAACAGUAAAUUGUCUUGUCUUACUUAUAGUGUGUCUAGAGCAUUGCGUCUGUAAGAUCCUGUAUCUAUGAUUAGAAAAACUUGACCGAUAAACAGCAACUACUGUACCGUUAUCGAUCGUUAGCCAGAAUUAUUAUAUACGUAUUUGACGUGUCUUUUAGAACGCCUUGAAAGCGAGGUAACGCAUGUAAGAAAAAAUCAGAGAAAUACUCUCAAAUAACGGAGAAGAAACUCACAGCAAAGGUGAAAAUUGAAUUGGCGAUCUCACCGACGACAGGCCCUACAGUGUUACUUAAAAAUUUGCAUCUUAUUAGGUCGUUCGAAAAGCUUCUUUCGUUUUAUAAGGAAAUAAUGAAUGCGCAAUAUUUUCCGUUUUAUAUUAUUUUAUCGAAUUAUGUAUGAUCCAUUUCGUUCUAUCAAAAUAAAGAUCACAACGUUCGACAGAUUAGGUUUCAUGUUUGUCGUAGGUGUUAUGCAUCGUCGUAAAGGACGUGUCUAUAAAAGAAAGACACCUUUCGGACAACCUAAUACGUGUUACAUAUGCUACGAAGGAUACUGGAAAGGAUAUUCCUUUUUCGAACGAUCUCGCAGAGUAUUUUUCUGGUAUUUUUCCCAAGGACCAGAAUUCAUAUUUUUUAGGACGCGAUCAAGGAAAAGUAUGGAAGACGUUUUUCUUAAGUUCAUCGAUGUAGACAAUAAAAACAGGCUCGAAACGUUGCAUCGAAAUCGUUUCUACGUGCAUGCAUCACUCGAGCGUUCGUGAUUUUCAUUCUAUAUAAUUUCGAGCAAAUAGAUGAUCAUUAUAAUGCAAAUAGCACCAACUCUCCAACAAAUACUAAAGAGCCAUUUAACCGUCUGUAGCGUCGCGAUCUUGCUUUCGUCGCAUUCGUGUAAAUGGUCUGCAAGAUUCUUGCUACUGCGUUACCACACACACCUUACGCAAAUAUUUUCAACCGGUUUAAACAUCAUUUUUCAUUUUCAAUGUACGUACGUAUGUUAUUUGGAAUUCUUGUGAAUUUCGAGUAUCUAUUUCUCGUAUGAUAUUUUAGUGUUACAUUUCAUGUACGAAAGGGAAUAAAAUAUCCAAAAGGAAGUGUCGUACUAAAGUUCACGGAUAUUGGUCACUGAAGGCCAUUAAGGGAAAAUAUCUACCGUGCCAUUUCCACGUCGGUUAUCCUUUCCUCAACUAUAUUAUUCCGUCUGGCUAUCUCAAAGGCCAAGUCGAGAUGUGUUCCGUUCACUUCUUAAUGCAUCGCUCCACGAGCAAGCACUCGAGCAUGCGUCAGAUGUACGAUUUUCUCUCGAUCGUUGCUCAAAAAAUGGCUCCAGCCAACUAGUAUCCAUGAACUCUUCUGCUAUAUUACAACUGGAAACGAUGUUUAAAAUAGGUAUAAUCGUGAAUUUUCUAUUAAAACGGUUAAUAAUAGACGAGUAAUAGUCGCUGGGAAGUAUUCUUCACGACGUAACGUAAUAGCAAGCAAUCUUGCGUUCUAGAUAUAAAAGGUUCAUACGUUAAAAUUAGGAGAAUAUGUAAUGGAACGCAAAAUUUAAUAUAAAAUUGAUUACCUAAUUUUUCAUCGCGGCACUUUUAGCGAGAAAAAUAUAACGAUAAUUGAUAUCCACGUACAAUGAAAACUUGUUCAAUUGGCUCUAUUUUAAACGACGAAAGGAUUCGUGAGGGAUACAAAAUAUUAUAUAAUAUCUCGUCUAUCGUAACGUAGGCACAUACUAUUCGAAUAGGAUUCAAUGAUCUAUCUUCUCUAUACGAAAUCUAUCUCCUUCUCGAUAGCUACUCGCAUCUUUAUCGAGGAUAUUUUCGGUGGUAUCUACUAGAAGUAUAAUAGUAUUGUAACUGCUGGACAGAGAAAUCGAAAGGGAAUUGAUUCGUGCAAAGGGCUCGGUGUCCCAUAAAAGGAAAUCAACUAAAGUGACGAGAGGUGUUUAAAGUUUAAAGGGUCAUUGAGCCGAUCACGGCCAAUAUGAGUACUCGCAGAAAGCUACUAAAUAAAACAGUGGAAGAUUAUGGUCGGGCUGUGCUUGUACUGGCUGACAGAUGGUCCAAACGUAUAGAUUAUGUAUUCAUUAAGAAAAGAAUAUUAAUCGAGGACAUAAAAAUAUAACUGACUGUGUUACACGGCGCACGAAAAAACCAUGUACCAGAAGAAUUACGCGUUUACAUAAGAAAGUUUAGAUAAGAAUUGGAGAUACCUUACUCUUAUAAAUCUUGUCCAAUCGAUUCUUUAGGAAACGUAAGAUUGAUUUCGAUGUAUGUUAACUUUCAAUCUCCUCGAGCGAAAUGGAGAAACCGUUUGCACGCUGUACAAGAUUUCGCUAUUCCUGCGAGAUUUCUAAUUCGUAUAGAUUUGAAUGCAUCCGAGACUAAACGUUGAUAUCAAAAUGCCCUACUGCUCAACUCAGUGAAUGUUAAAAAAAUGAAUGGACACUCUCGGUUAUUUAUUAUGCAACUUAACAAUUUAACUCAACCAUCCUAACUUCGACUAAUAUUUAGCAAUGAAAAACGGUAUACAUUUUCCGGGAGGCAAAGUGUUGUUCACGAGAACCUGAUAAUUACUCGAAUCACGAAUAUUAGAGGGAAGAAUUUGGGUAACAUCGCGUGCACGCAAGGAAAGUUAAAUAAUCAUACGUUUUUCAUUAUUAAACAGCGUUAGUAUCGAUCUUUUCAAUGUAACCUACGUGUGUGUGUAAUACCUCGGAUUAAUUGUUUAAAUAGUUUGAAAGUUGAAGAAGAGGUAAGACGAUAUGCGUGUUUUCAGGCACCGUGCGCUAAUCACAGCGAGUUGACAAAACAAAUACUUAUACGAUAUGUUACAAGUAAAGAAAUUUAAACAAAGAAAAUGAAGAAAGAGAGGGGGAGAGAGAGAGAGAGAGAGAAAGGUAAAAAUAUUCAUACGACGGUAUAUUUUCAGUGUAAAGAAAAUAUAUAUGUAAUAUAAUCCGUGGUAAUAACUACGUAUAUCUUGUAGCAUUAACGUACCGAUGGAAGCGAUCUUCUUUAUGAGCGUUUCGAAAAUUUGAAAUUGAAAAGAGUAAACGUUGUAAAAUAAUCAUGAAAGCUAUGCGCUGAAAAUAAAUUCAUAUUUUUCUUUUAAUAGCAUAGAGGAGGAUUUGUUUCCGAUCGGUACAAGCAUAUAAUCGGAUUAUUCGUUUGAAUGUUGAUUGUUAAAUGUUAGGAUAGAGAACUUUAAGAAAACAAUGCCCAGUCUACAAGCAUCGUGCAUCGGAAGUAUGUUUCGUUGCGUGUGGAAUUCAGUUGUACCAGUAAAAUUCUUUCAUCGAAAUGAAAACAUCGAUCGUUUCUUAAUUUUGCCUUAAAUAUACGUUCUCGGAAACUUUAAUCGUGUAAUUUUCGCGUGUCACGUAUCGUCUAAUAUGCAUAUAUUGGCAAUUAAAAAUUAAUGUUACUUUGUUAUUUACACAUAUCGUUAAAAAAUUUGUGUCAUGUGUAAUAUCGAUUAUUCUAUUAAAAACUUAUAAUAUUA